GGACUAUAUCAAAAUGUCGGCUCCUAGUAGCGGUGGUGCCUGUAAACGCCUGGUGCAGUAUGUUGUUGUUCGGGCGGAUUUGAUCCAUGCCCUGUCGUGGCCUUUAGGAGCGGUUAUAACGCAGGCCUGCCACGCCUCCACCGCCGCCAUUCACCUCCACUACAGCGACCCGGACACGCAGGAAUACCUGGCUGCACUGGACACCAUGCACAAAGUGGUGCUGCAGGCGGCAGAUGAAGCGUCUCUGACUCAUUUAUCCACGACGCUCAGUGACAACGGCAUCGCGCACAAACUGUGGAUGGAGCAGCCGGAGAACAUUCCUACCUGUCUGGCCUUGAAGCCUUACCCGAAGGAAACUGUACAGCACUUUGUUAAAAAGUUCAAACUUUUCAAAUGAGUGGGACACAGCAUCCGACCCAUGUUUCAUUUCUUUACAGAUAUACUCUCGGGUUUCACUGAGUGAAGAGACGGACAUCACUUAAAAGUAAUUAAAAGAAUUACUCACUGUA